AUGAGUCGCCUCAGUGAUGAUGCAGACUCCCAAGUCAUUUCAGCAUCCCCAUCCAAAGACCACAAUACUCCCCGGACGCAAGACCCCAUCUCGAAUACAGCGAUUUCAAAGGAACUUAUCAAUGCUGCCCUCGAUUUUCUCUCAACCUCUACCAAUGAGACCCUCCUUGGAGUCUUUGCGCUUCUUGCACUCGUGACCUACAUUAUCCUGGGGAGAAUCGGUCUGCUUCUGAUUGGAGUGGUUGUGGGGGUUGUCCUGCACGCGUCCUGGGAGGGAUGGGAUAACGAACACGCAGACGAAGCGUCGCACGCGCAAAAGCCCAACAGGCGUAGAGAACUUGCCCUGGAAGUCUCUAACAGGCUUUUGGACUGGCCGAAGCGGGCUGGUGCUUCAGACAUCCAGGGGGGAGACGAUGGUUCUACAAGUACGCUUGAAGAUAUGUCCUCAGCAGACUUGGAAUAUGCCACCUUCCAACCGGCCACUGCUGUCGCCUUGAGAACGCUCACUGAUGCAGUCAUUAAAGACUAUGUCAAAUACUGGUAUGAGCCGCUUUUACCGUCCGAAUCAAGUUUCCCAGGCUCCUGUCGGAGAAUUUUGACGCAUUUCAUUACAUCAGUCUCUUCGCACCUCUCGCGGAAACGAACAGAGGACACAUUCUUGCAGUUCCUCACCAACUCCUCGUCUAUCGUCAUUGUAUUCUUGAAUGAACUUGCAGCAGCAUUCACCGCUGUGGGCUCCUCCCCGGCGGAAGCCCAGAAAACUGUGGAUCAGUACCUUGAACAAUUUCCAGAUAGCAGCCUAGCGAAUGUCUUGUCUGAGAAACAACAAAAGAAGAAACUCAGCAUGAUUGCGGAUGACAUACUGUCGAAUUUCUUGGAUGCCAAGGCCUACAAUUGUCCGGCUGUACGAGAUUUCCUCCGUGAAGUUUUUGCGGGUGUGAUACUGGGGUCCACUGUUACCAGUCUUGCCCGUCCUGAAUUUAUCAAUGAAUGGAUUAUCUAUCUCCUGCAGGGCGGUGAAUCCGAAAUCAUGCACGCUAUCGACGCAGGCGUUGAAGGCGCGCGGAACCAGGGCGUCAAUGCCCCCGGGUCUUCAGAAGACCCCAAGGCAGACUCCGUCAAAGCCACACAGAGAGAGUCCAUCCAUGUGGCGAGGGCUACAGAGGAAGAAGCAGUUCUAGAGGUGAAACGUCUGAGCGCUAUGAUUGCAACCCAUGAUACGCAGAGCUCAGAGUCAGAAUGGCCACGCCAAAACGAACAAAUUGACGAAAACCCUUUGAAGGCUGAUUUGGCUUCAGACACGACUCAUGAAAACGAAUACAACGAAGACCAGGGGCCAGCGCCCAAUACGCAAUUAAUUGCAAGCCCGAAAGUAUCCGAAGACUCUUCUGUGCCACCUUUGAUUCUUCAUGGGGCACAAGUGUUGGUAGACGAUGACGGAGCGAGGGAUGAAAAAGGCCAGAUUAAGUCGCGACCCAUGUGGGAUUAUCUACUACAGGUCGAACCAGCGUCAACACGCUCGACUGGGUGGAUGGUGUUUCGCAAAUAUUCGGACUUCCAGUCCCUUCACGAGAUGCUGGGAACCGUUUCACGAUUGAAUCAGAUUUCAAGUUUCUCGGAGCGUCACCCCAUACUGCCUACAUGGAAGGGCAAAACACGACAAGCUCUCGCUCGGGACCUUGAGUGGUAUUUACAAGAUGCCAUGAAGCACGAGUCACUUGCCGACACUGAUCGAAUGCGCCGAUUCUUGGAAAAAGACGCUGGUUCCUCCACUGAACCCACCGGUCCUAACAAACCGGUAUUCUCCUUCCCUAGCCAAACUGCGUUUGAAAACAUGGGCAAGGGUAUGCUUGGUGCACUGACCAAUGCGCCCAAGGGAGUGGCAGGGGGCAGUAAAGCCGUCUUUGAAGGAAUGACGGGGGUGUUCGGAGGCACCGCCAAUGGCAAGAAACCGGUCGUCGCUGCUGAUCAGAUUCAAUCCAAAGUUGAUAACUCUAGUCGCAGCAGUUUGUCGCAGACACGGUCCGGCUUUGGUGAUCGUACCGGCGCAAGCAACGAAAAUGUUGAUUCACCUGUGGUGUACCAUAGCGACUCCUUGGAAAUCCAAAGAGGCGAAGUCUCCAAGCCGGCUUCGAUCGACGGUACCAGAGAGUCGCUUGGGAAUGAGCAAGGUGCAUGGACCGCAGAGAUCCCACCCUCUAAGACCUCGAUUGAUAUCGGCGAUCAUACUGCAGAACUUGACAUCCAGGCAACGGAAACUAUUGAACAAACCCCAUCACAUCGCCGAUCAGAGACUGGGCAGAGUAUUGAUCAACCCCACAAACAAGGGAAUCCCAUCACAGCCGAUGAGACGCAAAUAGCAGUAGAGCUGAUCUUUGCGGUCAUCAAUGAGUUGUACACUUUGUCGUCUGCAUGGAACAUACGCCGAACCCUUUUGAAUGCUGCCAAAUCGUAUAUCCUACGUCCCGGGAGCCCGACACUGGAAACUAUUCGCACUCUGUUACAAGAUUCCAUGAUAGAAGGCCACACUUCGGAUGACGCCCUGGGGGAUUACCUUCUCAAGCUUCGUGAGAAUGCGCUUCCGACAGAGGAGGAACUGAAAGCCUGGCCCCCUCCACCCAGUGAGGAGGAGAAGAUCCGGUUACGGGAUACUGCACGUAAACUAUUUGUGCAACGAGGAAUCCCACAGGCCUUAACAAGUGUUAUGGGGGCGGCUGCUAGUCGAGAAGCGCUAGAGAAAAUCUUUGAUAGUCUUCAAGUUGAGAGUGUCGCUCGAGGAUUUGUCUUCUCAAUUCUACUACAGGGCCUUAGGGUAUUGACUCUCUAG